AUGACGGUUCAGGCCGAGCUGCUGAGCGACGAGGAAAAGCGGAAGAUCGAGGAGCUCGUCGAGCAGGAAGAGGGCGGCAUCCACAGGUUCGUGGGCUGGUGGGGCAGGUUCCUCACCUUCAUCGCCUUCACCAUGACCAUCUUCCAUCUCUAUGCUGCGGCCUCGACGGUCGACACGCAGUCGCUGCGCGAGAUCCACGUCGCCUAUGCGCUCUCGCUGGUCUUCCUGCUGUUCCCCGCGGUGAAGAGCUGGCGCAACAGGGUCGCCCCCUGGGACAUCGCGGCGGCCGGACUGGUGAUCGUCGUCAUCUGGUACAUGAUGACGGGCGGCAGCUGGACGUCCUUCGCCGACUCGGACGAUUUCCUCGAUCGCUACGUCUCGCCGACCCAGACCGAUCUCGUGAUCGGCGGCAUCCUGAUCCUGCUGGUGCUGGAAUCGACCCGCCGCGCGACGGGCUGGAUCAUGCCGAUCCUGUCCGUGCAUCUGGGGAAUGCUCUGCGGGUCGUCGGGCUUGAUCUCGACCUCGACGAGCCGGGCAUUGGAUUCGCCGAAAUCGGCCUCCGACCGCUUGGUGCGCUUCACCGUCAGCGGCGUGCGCGUGAUCGUGCCGACAUGGACGGUACGGCUGCCCUGGAAGGUGAACUCGACCUUGCCGCCCGGCUUGAUGUUGCGCAGGUGCAGCUCGUCGACGUCGGCGAAGAUGCGGAUCUGGUUGAGGUCGACGAUCUUCGCGAUGCCGCGCCCGGAGAUGCGCUCGCCCUGCCGCGUGUAGAUAUCCACCACCACGCCGUCGAGCGGGGAGCGGACCAGCGCAAGCUCGCGCUCGACCUUCGCAUCCUCGAGCUUGGUUUCGAGAAUGGCGAUGCUUGA